GCAAAUAAAAAAACAAAAAAGAAUUCUGAAGAAGGGGAACCGAUCGCGUCCCCUUAUUUAUAGUCUCCCUAUGCAAAUGAGAGGAUCCAAAGAACCACCACGCUAUUGGCCGAAGCAGCUUUUGAUAUCAUCGCUCCUGCGCACGCACAUGCAAAUGAAAGUCCUGUAAUCCCCGGAUUUCUAUUGGGUAGAAACUGUAUCUGCGCUUCCUACUGGUCGCCUUUAGAGCUUGCGCUCUUAUUGGCUCUAAAAUCCUGGUAACAGAUUUGGCCAAUCAGGAAUGGCGCUGUCGCACGCGAGGAGGGGAUAAAAGGAGUCGGUUGUUCUCUUUCUUUAAUUGCUAUUUUAUUUUUUCUUCUGUGUUUGAGCUGAGCUGAGUCAGUGUCGCAAUGUCUGGCCGCGGCAAGCAGGGGGGAAAAGCUAGAGCUAAGGCCAAGUCCCGCUCGUCUCGUGCUGGGCUCCAGUUCCCCGUAGGUCGAGUUCACCGCCUUCUCCGUAAGGGAAACUACGCCGAGCGGGUUGGUGCUGGAGCCCCCGUUUACCUUGCUGCAGUGUUGGAGUAUCUGACAGCUGAAAUUCUGGAGCUGGCUGGGAACGCGGCCCGGGAUAACAAGAAAACUAGAAUAAUCCCUCGCCACCUCCAGUUGGCCGUCCGCAACGACGAGGAGCUCAACAAGCUCUUGGGAGGCGUUACUAUUGCCCAGGGAGGAGUCUUGCCCAAUAUCCAAGCCGUCCUACUACCGAAGAAGACCGAGAGCCACAAGCCCAAAGGCAAAUGAAGAAACUGCUUUUCCCAUAACAUCCGUGCAACACAAAAGGCUCUUUUAAGAGCCACCCACAAUAUCAAAAAAGAGCUGUUACUUAAAUAUUCUGCGUUUGUAUGCACUACGGUGGAAAACAACUGUAUAAAAGUUUUAAGUUUUAUUGCUGUGAUAUUUUUAAGUACAUGCAAAAAAAAAAUGUGGCCAUUGUAAGUCAUUCUGGUAAAAACUCAUAAAUGAAGCAUUCUGCCCACGUGCAGGUUUAUAACAGUGAGUGCAGCUCUCUAGUGAGGUAGUGGGUGGCCCUUAAAAGGGCCUUUGGAUCAUUACUGUUAUAGAGUUAAUUCUCCAGAGCGCUUUAGCCACCAAAUCCGUAGAGAGUACGGCCUUGGCGCUUCAGAGCGUACACGACGUCCAUGGCGGUCACGGUCUUUCUCUUGGC